AUGGCGCUGGACGACGUCGCACGGCCUCUGGGCGCGGAGCGGGCGGGCGAUCAGACGGUGUGGCGCGACGCCGAUGCGGCGCUCGCAGCCGCUUGCGCCGAGCUGCAGUCAGGCGAGCUGCUGCACGGCGAGUCCUUCAGUCUCUUCGAAGCCAUGGCCGCCCUCCAGAUGAUGGAUCCCAAGAUGGAUGCGGGCAUGGGGGGAGGCAAGGGGGAAGGCGGAGGGGAAGGGCAGGCAGGGGCGAGGGGGGAGGUGGAGAGUGUGGGGGAGGCGGUGGAGCGAGGGCUGCUGCCGCUGCCUCUGCCAGCGCACCGCAUUGUGGACCUCUGUGACGCGCUGCUGUGCGCUGAGGCCACGUGGCACAGCGGCCACAGCCUGCCCCAAACCGUCUUCACCUGCGCCUACCUGCUGCUGCCUCCGCUCGCCCCCCCCUCCGCCUGCACGCCUUCCCCCUCGCCCUCCCUCUCCCUCGCUUCCUCACCGCUGCUGCUGGCGCUGCUGUCUGCUGUCCUUGCCUGUGUCAACAGCGUGCGCUCCGCCUCCUGCUGGACGCACCAACGCGAGGAGGAGGACUUUGUGACGUCAGCGGGCGGACUGCCUCUGGAGGGGCGAGUGGGCGAGGCGGCAGUGGCGCCGCUCAGAGCGCUGCUGGCGGGGCUGGAGGGACAAGGAGCAGGGAAGGCAUCAGCAUCAGGGCGCAAGGAGCAGCAGCAGCGCGACCCUGUGCUGUCUGGGCUGCCCCCUGCCCUCCUCACCGCCCUCGUGGCCCGCAUGCAAUUCCGACUGGCUCUCUUUGAUGCGCUCUCAGCGCUACAAACGGCCCGUCUCCCUGCCCACCUGCCUGCCUGCGCGCUCAAGAUUCAGCUCGCCCAAACCGCCCUGCACAAACUCAAGACCUCCAUGCCCCCGCCCGCACCCCCUGCUGGGGGAGAGGAAGGAGAGGGGGAGCACGCAGACGAGGUGGGGAGUUUGGGGCAGCAGACGGCGUCAUGGAGGGCGGCGCCAGGCAUCUGCCCGGCCAUCAACACCCACCUGCUGCCGCCCACGCCACCCCGUCCCACGCACCUGCUGACGUGGCACGAGGCGUUGGACCAUUUCUCUAGUCUGUUGACCCACCUCACUUUCAUCUGCCAUCUGCCAUCCACCUCACCGCCCGAUCUGCUGGAGCUCUCGCGCUUCCUCGCCCACUUCCGCGCCCUCAACCCGGGCCCUGUAGCCCGCGCUGCGCUGCAGCUGCUGCUGCUGCGAGAUGGUCUCAUUCUCGGCCACGACCCCACCGACGUCAUCCUGCAUUCGCUACACCUGCCGCCCGCCCUGCUGCCCCCGGCUGGAGCUGCUGCAGACAGUGGUGGGGAUGCGGGAGUUAGUGGUGGUGGUGGUGGGGAUGCGGGCUCCAGUGCUGCUUUAGGGAAGUUUGUCAAGAAGGCAUCACAUGCGGUGCAGGCAGUGCUGAGGGCGCAGUGCAGCAACAGGGCGAGGGAGAGGCGAAUGCUGGCCAAGCUGCUGCCCGACUGGAGCCACCUCCUCACACUCGCUGGCGACGUGGACGCGUGUGACGCCGUGGAGCGCUACACCGCCGCCAAUUUCGCUCAGGGGUGGUGGAGGGAGAGCGUGGCGACCAGCUGGGUGGUGGAGCACACGUGUCGCAUCGUCAUUCGCUACCUGCUGCUCGGCUUCUCCACACGCCUCUAUGCGCCCUCCGAGUUCCUCUCCGCCUUCUGGUACCUCGACAGUGUGCUGGCCACGCUCAUCCACAACGUGUCUGCCCGGGAAGCUUCCUUGCAGAAACCUUUCACAGCCCCUUCCUCCCGCAAGGGUCGCCGCAAGCCGGCAGCAGUCCCACCUCCCUCGCCCCCACCGCCCUCCCUUGAUCUGGCGCUGAUAACCGCCUACCAGCUGCUCUGCAAGGCCUACGUGCGGCUGCUGGCUGCAUUCGUUGAAGACGGCAAGCUGCCCCAGCGCCCCUCUCCCUUCAACAGCGACCGUCAGCGCUACCAGCAGCGCUAUGCGGUGCUCAAGAGGGUGCAGCUGCCCGAGCCGCUCUCCUAUGCCGCCUUCCAGCGCGCCGUCUCUCCCGCCGGCCUCUCUGUGCCAGAGCUCUACCAGAUGUCGCUCGACUUUUUCCGCACCACCGCCACCAAUCUCCCCACCAUCCAUGCGCUCGCAGCCACAGCCGCCCCUGGAGGCACAGCAGGGGCGAGUGAGGCGGUGGAGGGGGAGGUGCAGCAGCUGGAGCGCGUGUGUGCCAGCAACGCCACGGCGCUCUGUGUGGCGCACAGAGCGGGCGCGGGGUCGGUGCUCAAAGCUUCGUUUGAGUUCACCGCACAUCCUUUCUUCCCCGUGGUUACUCUCAAGCGUGCCUAG